UUUAAAAAAAAAGUAGAGGGAUAUCCCCAAUACAGUAAAACAAGCCUUUAAAUACCGACUGUCUUUGUAUCAGUGAUCAUACGACGUUUGCAUUGUGACUAACGUUGAUCGUAGCGUUAAGUUAUUUUUACGCUGUUUGUAACAACAAUGAAUCACAGUAUUACGUGGCUUGUUGGAGCUAUUUUAAUAGCUUCCAAUUUAUUUGCAUAUACAAUUGCAGCAGUAGUGCCAGAAAAUGAAGAGGCCUUAAAAACAGUUUCUAAUGGAAUCAAUCAUUUCGCAUCAAAUUUCUAUAAAACGUCGUCAGAUGGAGAAUCAGAUAAUUUGAUCUGUUCCCCGUUAAGUGCGAAUAUUGUAUUGUCAAUGGCAUCUUACGGUGCCGGUGGAAAUACACAACAACAAAUGCGAUCAACUUUACAUAUUCCUGAAAAUGAUGAAGUUGGCAAAAGAGGAUUUCAGUCACUAAUUGAUAAUCUCAAUAGUUUAAAGAAAGUUGAACUGAAAUUAGCUCAAAAAAUCUUUAUGCAAAACGGUAUCGAAAUAAAACAUGAUUUCAAAGAUAUUACGGAAAAUUAUUUCCGAUCAACUGCACAGACAUUAGAUUUUGGUAAAGCUGAAGAAGCCAGCCAGACAAUUAAUAAUUGGUGUUCAGAAAAAACUAAUAAUCGUAUUAAAGAAGUUAUCAAAGCAGAUGAUGUCAAAGAAGCUUCGAUAGUUUUGGUUAAUGCAGUAUAUUUCAAAGGUAAUUGGAAUUCACCAUUCAAAGGUUAUAAUACAUCGCCUCGACCUUUCCAUGUUGAUGAAUCAACUACAAAAGAUGUUGAUAUGAUGUAUCAAGAACGUUCGUUCAAUUAUGGAGCUCUGCCUGAUCUCGAUGCUAUUUUUGUAGAACUUCCAUACGAGAGUGAAAAUGAAAACGAUGCAACUAGUAUGUUUAUAAUUUUACCAAAUACAAUAACGGGAUUGAAAAAACUUGAAGAAUCUCUUUACAAAAUAAACUUCAAAGAACUUCAUGACAAUGAGCAUAGAACACUGAUGCAUCUUGAGAUGCCGAAAUUUAAAAUAGAAAGUACACUUCAACUUCAACCAAUACUUGAGAAAUUGGGGAUGACUGACAUGUUCCAAGAUACUGCUGAUUUUAAAGGAAUAACAGAUGACCCACCGCUAAAAAUUAGUAAAGUUGUUCAAAAAGCUUUUAUUGAAGUUAACGAGAAAGGAAGUGAAGCAGCUGCAGUCACAGCUAUGGUUGCCGUUCCUAUGUCUCUACCGAUGUACCCGGUGAAGCCUAUACGAGUAAAUGUUGAUCGUCCUUUUGCAUACGUACUCCAUCAUAUUGCCACAAAUACGAUUCUGUUCCAAGGACAUAUAAAAUUACCAAAAAUGAAUCAGAUCCAAUGGCUUAUUGGGGCCAUUUUAAUAACCUCAAGUUUUUCAAAUUUAAUAGUCGCAGCAGAUGCAGAAAAUGAAGAAGCUUUGAGAGCAGUUUCUAAUGGGAUGAAUCAAUUUUCAACAGAAUUUUACAAAACGUCAUCGGUAAGCGCGAAAGAUAAUCUUAUCUGUUCGCCAUUAAGUGCGGGUAUCGUAUUAUCGAUGACAGCUUUUGGAGCUCGUGGGAAUACAGAAAAACAAAUGCGAUCGAGUUUGCGUAUGCCUGAAGAUGACGCCGUUGGUAAAAGAGGUUUUCAAGCACUUAUUGAUAAUCUCAAUAACGUAAAGAAAGUUGAACUUAAACUAGCUCAAAAAGUUUUUACAGCCAGUGGUUUUGAAUUGAAACCCGAUUUCAAAGAUAUAACGGAAAAUUACUUCCGUUCAGCUGCACAAGAUUUGGAUUUCACUAAAUCUGAAGAAGCUGCUAAGAUAAUUAACACUUGGUGUGAAGAACAUACCAACAAUCGAAUCAAAGAUGUUAUACAACCAAGUGACUUGGAUCAAGCUGCAUUGGUUCUAAUUAACGCAGUUUACUUCAAAGGUAACUGGUAUUGGAAAUUCAAUCCCGAAAGCACUAAACCCAAACCUUUCCAUGUUGAUGAUAAAACAACCAAAGACGUCGACAUGAUGCAUCAAAAAAACUCAUUCAACUACGGAAGCCUACCUGAGCUCGAUGCCAUUUAUGUUGAGCUUCCAUAUGAGAGAGAAGACGAAAAUGAUGCAACCAGUAUGUUUAUAAUUCUACCAAAUCAAAUCAAUGGUCUUGAGAAGGCUGAAGAAUCUCUUGGUAAAGUUAAUUUCAAAGAGCUUCAUGACAAUCGACGCAAGACUGAAAUGAAUCUGUACAUGCCGAAAUUCCGAACUGAAAGUACGCUUCAACUGCAAACUAUUCUUGAAAAUAUGGGGAUGACUGAUAUGUUCCAAAAUGCUGCUGAUUUUACUGGAAUAGCAGAUAGUCCGCCAUUGAAAGUUAGUAAAGUUAUUCAAAAAGCUUUCAUCGAAGUCAAUGAGGAAGGAAGUGAAGCUGCCGCUGUUACUGCUAUUAUUGUGAUGGGAGCUUCAUCAAUGUUUGAUUACCCGGAACCGAUAACUGUUGAAAUAAAUCAUCCUUUUCUAUACGUUCUUCAUCAUAAUCCUCGAAAUAUUGCUUUAUUCCAAGGACAUGUGAAAUUACCGUCUAUGAGUUAAAGCAAAUUACGACUGAGUAAUGUAAUGAUUAAAAAUAUUUUUUCACAAUAAAAUUCAAGUUAAAAAUAAUAAAA